GUCAGACAAACCCUAUUAGACGUGGUGCAAGAUAAUUUCAUCUAGCCCUGUGUGCUUUUCACCAAGGACAAAUUUUGUACGGAGCGCUCCUAUGUCGCCAACAAGAUGUACUAUCUGCAUCUAUCCAUAGCCCUGACCUGGUUGGGCGUAGUACUGGCUGCCCCAGUGCAGUACUACGCCACCAAGUACGACCACAUUGACGUGGAAAUGAUUCUAAAUAAUAGACGGAUGGUCAACUACUACUCAGGCUGUCUGUUAAACAAAGGACCGUGCCCUCCGGAAGGAGUGGAGUUCAAAACAUCACUUCUAUAAUCUAAGACCCAAAAAUAACGAUCUUCAGCAACGGAAUCGGCCAGGAAAAACAAAAGCAUAAUAGAGAGCAAAAAAAGUACC